GUUGGCUCAGGCUAUUUUGUUUUGUAUUGUACUUGUUGGUUGUUGACUCAAAAAAUAUAAUUAUUUUAUUGCACGUUUUUAAUUUCUCUUGAAACGUUUUCAGUCAGAAAUUGGUUUAAUACCUAUCUACCCAUCAUCCUCGAAACGUUUUCAGUGAGAAAUUGGUUUAAUAUCCAUCAUACUUUUUUAUUUCCAAUAGUUACAUUACAGUUGAAGUGGAACUCUCCUAAUUCGUAUUUAUCGAGCCAUUUCAUUUCUUUUGGAACUUGGAUUCAAGCAACAUAAUAUUUCCAAAUAUGCAAAAUCCGGAUACUUCACCUUCUUUAACAACUGUUUGUCAUACCGAAGUGAAUUUCAGGAAGUUGAAUUAUAUGUGGGUGAUUCAUAAUUACAGACGUGUUCAUGACGAAAGAGACGUUAUAAUGUUAUCAUCAGCGUUUUCGGCUCACGGCGAUGAAUUUGAAUGGCGCUUACGUUUGAAUCCCAAUUGUAGUGAAUACAUUUCAUUACAUUUGUGUCCUGAUGAUGCUUCCAACCUCGAAAAGUACGUUCCAAUUUCAUGUAACUUGGAGUUAUCCUUAAUGAAUUCUAAAAAUGAGAAAACGUCAACUCAAAGCAAGGAGUUUGUAAUUUGCGGUUCAGGCGACGGUGAUUUCGGGUUUGAUUAUUUUGUGGAAAGAGAUGGUCACCUAUUUGUGGAAGCUAAUGAGCUAUUACCGAAUGAUCAGCUUACAGUGCUUUGCCAAUUAUCUUAUUACAAGAACACAGAUAUAGUUAACAGUGUUGAUCAAUCAUUUGUACGUUCACGCGCCGAAGAAAGCCAGCCUGCUUGUUUGGGAGGUAUUGAAACGUUGUUCAUGGAUAAUAAAUUCAGCGAUAUCACGAUAUGUGUGAAAAAUCAGGAAUACCCUGCGCAUAAAAAUAUACUUGCUGCUCGCUGUCCGUACUUCCGUAAAAUGUUUAACGCUGACUGGAAAGAAAAAAAUUUGGAUUCUAUCGAACUGAAACUAAUUGAUGAAACGGUUUUCGAAGAAGUGUUACGUUACAUCUAUUCAGGAAGUUUGGAAAAAGUGAAAACGAUGGCUACUCAGCUAUUAGAAGCAGCCGAUAUGUUUGAUCUAGAAGAAUUGAAACUUGUUUGUGAAGAAGAAUUGCUUACAAAUUUAUCAACUAAAACUGCCGUUGAUUUAUUAGUAUUGGCCGACAGAUACAACGCGAAAAAUUUAAAAGCCCAGACUAUUAAUUAUGUAAAAAUGAACUCUUAUAAUCCGGAUAUGCUGAGUGCAGAAAUUCAAAACGAGUUGGUUACAUCGAAUCCUCGUCUUCUCCUGGAAAUAAUGAACGCAUUGGCAAAGGUGUCGCUUAAAAAGAUUUAAGUUGAAUAAUUUAGUUCUGCGCUUCUUAGGAAUACUUAUCUGAUGAGUGAUGAGAUGAGUGGAUAUUAAGAGAUUAAGAGUAUCGUUAUCGUAAUUCAAAAUCCACUUUUUAUAUUUUUUGGUAGGUAUAAGUUUAAGUAUUGUGCAGAUCGAAGCGAACACCUAAAAAAUGCGAGCUGAAAAAAGCGCUUGUUCGUUUACUUAUUUCGUAUAUCAUUUUUUAUUUUUAUAUGGAUCUAUUGUUUUUGUUCUUUAUGCUCUACUUAAAAUUAAAUUAUUGUUAGAAGUGA